AUGGAAUCUGAACAAUCAAGAGACUCAUUCAAUUCUGAAUAUGAUGAUGAAGAUUAUUAUGAAGAUGAUGAAGCUACUAUUGAGGAAGAAGAAAAAAAUCUAACAGAGUCUGUUGUUGAUGAAUUAAAAGAAUUAGAAAAUGAUAAUCAAUUGAGUGUAGAAGAAUUGAGAAGAAAAUAUUAUGGAAAUUCAUAUGAAGAUGAAGAAAAAACUAAUCCUAUUAACUGUGAUGAUGUUUCAUCUACUGUAAUUAAUGACAUCCAAUACAAUGAAGUUGUCUCUACAUCUUCUGUCAAAGAAAUUUCAGAGACUGCAGUUUUAGUUAGUGAUCUUAACGAUAGUUCUUUAGAUGAUGAAGAAGAUGAGGAAUAUAUUCCUGAAACUUAUGCAAGAUUUAGAUUAUUACAAAUUGGAGAAAGAUACCAAGCAGUCAUACCAAAAUAUAAUCCAAAUAAAAUUUCACGAAAGAGAAAAGCACCUUCUGGAAACAAUUGGUGUGAAUAUAGAGGAGCUAAAUUAUGGGUUCCAACAGAUAGAAUUAGUAACACUGAAAUGGAUAAAUAUAUUGAAGAAGCAACAAAAUUAUUAAAUGGUGAUAAGAGUUAUCGUGAGGAAGACUUAUUGUAUUUAUUAUUAAAAUCUAACUAUGAAAUAAAACUCGCCUUAUCUUUAAUACCAGACGCUUUGGAACAUGUACAGUUGCCAGUUAAAACAAUACCACCUACAGGAAUAUCAAAACCUUUUACAGAAUGUGAAAUUAAUACAUUUGAAACUGCUAUAAGAAUAUAUGGUAAAAAUUUUUUUAGCAUUCAAGCUAAUACUAUGCAUAAUCGUACUGUUGGUGAAUUAGUACAAUUUUAUUAUUUUUGGAAAAAAACUGAUCGUUACAAGGAGUAUAAGAAAAGGUUUGAAGCUAAUAAUGAUGAGAACAAAGUUACUGAAAAAAAAGCUUAUUUAGAAGGGAAAAGUGAAGUACACAUUCAUUCUUAA